ACCCUAGUACCGAAGAAGACAGCAAUCUCCGUCGUCGUCACAAAUUCCUCUCCGGCAGUUCCAUUUUGGAUACUCUCAUCGGAAGCAAUGGGGAGUGAUAGUGAGGCAGAGAAGUCGCAUAAAAAAGACAAAGAAAAGGAGAAGAAGAAGCUGUCGGCUCUUGCACCAAUUGCCAAACCCCUUGCCGGCAAGAAGCUCUGCAAGCUCACCCUCAAGCUUGUUCGCAAAGCCGCUGAGCAUAAGUGCUUGAAGCGAGGGGUAAAGGAGGUGGUCAAAAGCAUAAGGCGUGGUCAGAAAGGAUUGUGUGUAAUAGCUGGAAACAUAUCCCCCAUUGAUGUGAUCACUCAUGUUCCAAUCUUAUGUGAAGAGGCAGAUAUUCGCUACCUAUAUGUUCCUUCCAAGGAAGAUCUCGCCAGUGCAGGUUCGACCAAGAGGCCAACAUGUUGUGUACUGGUACAGACCAAGCCAAACAAAGGGGAGCUUGGAUCAACUGAACAAGAGAAACUCAAGGCUGAUUACGAUCAAGUUGUUGCAGAAGUAUCAGAAUUUACUCUUUUCUAAAGAGUAAAGCUUUGUUUUUUUGUAACUUUUCUCAAGCUUUCUUCUCCAAACUUGGUAGUGUACUCUGUUUUACUCUCAAAUUUGUUUGGUCCUACGCCACCUUG